AUGACAGACGUUUGCUCUGAUACGGGAAAGAGCUCAUGGCCGGAGCUAGUGGGAAUAAGCGGAGAAGUGGCGGUUCAAAUCAUCGUCAGAGAGAAUCCCAAGGUCCGUUCUACCAUUGUGAAGGAAGGAAUGAUGGUGACCAUGGAUUUCCGUUGCGAUAGGGUCCGAGUUUGGGUUGAUAAAUAUGGAAUUGUGAAAGACAUUCCUCAAAUUGGUUAA